UGGCGCCCUGUUUUGUUUCACGCACGACCGGUCACAAGGUCAUAGACCUCAUUUUGAGUAGAAGUCUCGCGUACAACGCGAACACUGAAAACUGUAAACUAUUCGUUUUUGGUUGUUUGUCUUUGUCACUCGCCUUGUUUUUCUUUGUCACUUUUUCAUCGUGGAGAAAAAGAAUCGUACCGACCUUUGCAAUCGAAUAACUUCUUCUGUUGCAAGCACUUGGUCGGCGCGCUGUCAAGCAGACCGGCUGCUUAUGCGUGUGCUGUCCUCGAAAGAGAUUGAUUUCGAUUUUCCAAAUGACCAUUGUGGACCACAGCUUUAUUAGCAGCAGAGCUGUAGCAGCCUCUAAGGUGAGGACGUUGGCUGGAGGCAGCUCUACGGUGCAAGAAACUAGAGCAAGCUCCUCUGCUGCUGAUCGUGGAAAUAAGAGGACCAACUACCACCUGUUUCCUGCCUCUUCCAAUCGCGUUACCGAAUGGUCUGGCGGCACUACCACAGAACUGUUCGUGACGGGUGGAUCCUUUGCCGCGAGAAACUUCGCGCUGCGGCUCUCGCGCGCGCGCAUAGCCGUGGAAGAAAGCACGUUCACGGGUCUACCCGGGUUCCUGCGUCACUUGACCCUGUUGUGGUCAUCUUCUGCAGUACAACCGAGAGCGGAUGAGAUUGCGGGACGUCGCCCCGGCGCAACCUCGUCUUUUCAGAUGCGAAUUCGUGGGAGGCACGGGGACGCGUUCUUCGGACUGGAACCGUGGGAAAGCGUGGAAUUUUCCGGAGCGGACGUGGUAGCCAGCCGGGGCCUGGCGGAAGACUUCAACGUCAUCUACGAUCCGGGGCGGCUCGCUGGCGGACGGGUGCGGGUGGACGUUCUGGAGCUCCUGAACGAGGGGGAGAAAAUAGAGCUCCCGUUGGACGACGACCGUCUAAGCAACCUCCACUCGCAGGCGUUUAUCUACUUUCCAGGUGGAGUGGUUCGUCCUCCUGCCGGUUCGGACGAAAGUUGCGCAGCAGCAGCAUCGGCGUCGAGGGCUAGUUGUAGUUCAUCUGCGAGGACGUAUCAAAUGACAAAAUGUGUGGGGCUGGAACAGUCAUGCUGUUUUUGCAUGACACUGAAGGUCUGGCAUGGAAGCUCUAGCAUCACAGGUUUCGAGAAGCUUCCGCAAUGCCGAAUCCGCAUGACAAGUCCCCUGUUUUGCUGACAGAAAGUGGGCAGCUUUUGCUACGUAUGCAUGAGAGACUUUUCUGUGUUCUGCAAUACGCAUUACAAGUUGCAUUCUUCCAGACCCAGACAUUUUUGCAUUUGAUAGGACGUCCAAAGUAGGGGCUGCAACUACUACUGUAGCGGUGGCCUGUAAAAGUGCCGGUGUGCUGGCUGACGCCGUGUUGCACCCCGGCGACUCUGUGUUGGUGGAUCGUGGGGCGGAAGCUGUGACACUGCAGCUUCGCUCGCAAAACGGAGCGGACCUCCCUGUACGAUUGCUUCAGGUUUCAUUUUCAGUGCUCCCGGGCACUGGCAGUAAGAUGUGAAGCAUUGGCACGACGACCUGGGUGGAAAGGAUGAAAAACCGAAAGCAGUCGGUCCUGCAACUAGACUACUGCGCUGGCGCGUGUAACUGUUCAAUAGCCCCCAGGUCGUAUUCAUAAAGAAGCAUUUUUGAUCCGACCACCGUGCUGCGUGUUGCGUUUUUCUCUCCGCUGGAGAGAAAACAAUUGAAUUGCCGGGAUCUUCUUCACGACCGUGUUACUGCUUCGUUGUG